AUGUCUUCUGAUUACAAUGAUUUCUAUAAUGGUUCAUAUCCAAAGAUGAAGUCUUGGAAGGCAGACAGUGAUUGUUGUUCCAGCUGGGAUGGGGUCACAUGCGAUGCACACAACGGCCACGUCAUUGGCUUAGACCUCAGCAACAGCUGGCUUUGUGGGCCUCUCAAGUCUAACAGCAGCCUCUUCAGGUUGCGUCAUCUUCGAAAACUCAACCUUGCCCUCAACGACUUCUCUUCCUUCACCACAAUCCCAUCUGAGUUUGGGCAGCUUGUGAGGUUGACCUAUCUUAAUCUCUCGUUUUCCUUCUUACAUGGCCGAAUCCCGUCCGAAAUUUCAUGGCUCUCCAAUUUGGUUUCACUUGAUCUCUCUUUCAAUUAUAAUUAUUACUCUGCUGGUGCUGAUUCUUAUUAUUUGAAGCUCAGAAGAAUUGAUCUAGAAGCACUUGUCCAGAACAUGACAUAUUUGAGAGAACUUCAUCUAGACGAAGUGAACAUCUCAUCGUCACUGCCUCAAUCCCUGGCAAAUUUGUCUUCCUUGACAUCUCUUUCUCUGUCUGACUGCAUUUUGCUUGGCGAAUUUCCCUCAGAUAUUUUCCUACUGCCCAAGAUACAAGCCAUUGAUGUGUCAGGUAACAACAAUCUCACUGGUUUUCUUCCCAAUUUUCGAUCUGGUAGUUCCCUAAAGCAGUUGCAUCUUUCCUACACGAAUUUUUCUGGGGAAUUGCUCGAUGCAAUCGGGAACCUUAAGUCCUUGAACUUUUUGGAUCUUUCUCAAACCUAUUUUUCCAGGGAAUUACCCAAUUCAAUCGGCAACCUUGAAUCCUUGAGCCAUUUGGAUCUUUCUGGGGCAAUUUUUCUUGGGGUAUUGCCCAAAUCAAUCGGCAACCUUAAAUCCUUGAGUCAUUUGGAUCUUUCUAGAACAAAUUUUCUUGGGGAAUUGCCCAAAUCAAUCGGCAAUCUUAAAUCCUUGAGUCAUUUGGAUCUUUCUGGAACAAAUUUUCUUGGGGAAUUGCCCGAUUCAAUCGGCAACCUUAAAUCCUUGAGUCAUUUGGAUCUUUCUUCGGCAAAUUUUUCUGGGGAAUUGCCCGAUUCAAUCGGCAACCUUAAAUCCUUGAGUCAUUUGGAUCUUUCUUGGGCAAUUUUUUCUGGGGAAUUGCCCGAUUCAAUCGGCAACCUUAAAUCCUUGAGUCAUUUGGAUCUUUCUUGGGCAAAUUUUUCAGGGGAAAUUCCCCCUUCUAUUGGGAACCUAUCACAGCUUACUUCUCUUUCUCUCUCGGGGAGCAAUUUUCAUGGCCAGCUUCCAUCCACAUUAGGAAAUCUUGCAAAACUCACUUCUCUAGAUCUUGGCUAUAACCUUUUCUCUGGGAAAGUACCAUCUUCACUGGGAAAUCUUACACAACUAGAAAAAUUACUCCUUUCAAAUAACAAUUUUGAAGGCAGGUUCCCAGAUUCACUAACAAAUAUUACCAAACUCAUUGAGAUAGAUAUAUCAGGAAACCAAUUGAAAGGGUCAAUCCCAUCGGAAAUAAGUAGACUUACUAAUUUGUUUGCCCUUGCCUUGUCUCAAAACUCACUCAUAGGGGCUAUCCCCUCUGUUUUGUAUACAAUGCCUUCAUUGUCUGUACUAUAUCUAGAUCAAAAUCAGCUUACUGGCCCUCUCCAAUUCCAAAAUAUCUCUUCAUCACAAUUAAAUUCCCUGGCAUUGAGUGGAAACAAAUUGGAUGGACCGGUUCCAAGGUCAAUUGCCAAUUUCACUAAGCUACAACGGCUAUAUCUUUCUUCGAUCAACCUAAAGGACAAGAUGGAGUUAAACAUAUUCUUCCAGGUUAAAGAACUUCAACUUCUCGAUCUUUCAGGUAACAAUUUGUUGGUUUCAAAAGAAAAUAUCAAUUCAACCCACCCCAAAUUUUCAUAUUUGUAUUUGUCUUCUUGCAAUUUGCGUGAAUUCCCUGAUUUCCUAAAAGCCCAAAAUGAAUUGGAUACAUUAGACCUUGCCAACAACAAAAUUGAAGGUAAAAUACCCAAAUGGUUUUGUAAUGUUGGAAAAGGGACACUCCAAUCCCUGAAUCUUUCUUUUAACCUUCUCAGCGGUUUUGAACAACCGCUAAAAGUUCUUCCUUGGAAAUCUAUUUACUAUUUAGAUUUACGUUCCAACAUGUUGCAAGGGUCACUCCCAAUUCCCCCAUUGUAUACAACAUAUUUUUUUGCCUCAAAGAAUAAUCUAACCGGAAAUAUCCCUCAAAUGAUUUGCAACGUGAAUUCCCUCCAAGUCCUUGAUAUAUCUAACAAUCAGUUGAAUGGUCACAUUCCACAAUGUUUAGGUCACUUAAGCAGCUCUCUUUCAAUAUUGAAUAUGAGGAAAAAUUGCUUUCAAGGAAGCAUGCCUAAAUCAUUCAUAAAAGGAUGCAGCUUGACGACAUUGGACUUCAGUCAAAACCAAAUACAGGGGAAGAUUCCACGAUCCUUAGUGCAAUGUCAAAUGCUGGAGGUCCUAAAUCUUGGAAAUAACAACAUGAAUGAUGCAUUCCCCUUUUGGUUACAGUCUUUGCCAGAAUUACGGAUUCUUGUCUUGCAUGCAAAUCGAUUCCAUGGCCCUAUAUGGAAUCCUCAUACCAGGUUUGGCUUUUCCAAGUUGCAUGUCAUCGACCUCUCUCAUAACAAUUUCUCUGGUAGGCUACCUUCAGAAUACUUUAGAACUUGGAAUGCAAUGCAAAUGGUUCCUACCAAAGAUAAAGCACAACCAGAAUACAUGGGAAGUCAUCCAAAUUAUUAUGAAAACUCAAUGACAGUGGUGAAUAAGGGGUUAGAAAUAUUUUUGGUAAAGAUCUUGACCAUCUUCACAGCUAUUGAUCUCUCCAAUAAUAGCUUUGAUGGAGAAAUCCCAGAUACAAUGGGAAUGCUCAAGGAUUUAAUUGUACUCAACUUAUCAAGCAACAGUUUCACUGGUCAUAUCCCAUUGUCCUUGGGAAAUCUAACUGAGCUUGAGUCAUUAGAUCUCUCUCGAAACAAGCUCUCAGGGGAAAUCCCUCAUCAACUUUUAAGUCUCACAUUUCUUGCAUAUUUGAACCUCUCUAAUAACCAACUUAUGGGUCUGAUUCCCCAAGGUGGACAAUUUUGGACAUUUGAUAAUUCCUCUUUUGAGGGGAACUUGGGAUUGUGUGGCCCUCCGUUGUCAAAGAAAUGUGGACAUAGUGAAAUUCCAACUUUUGAACCAAGCAAGGAGUCAUCUUUUGGAGAGUGGUUUAGUUGGAAAGUGGUAGUGAUAGGAUAUGCUUGUGGGUUUGUAAUUGGACUGGUUACCGGGCAUGUCAUCAUAACGAAGAGGCCAAAUUGGUUUGUGAGAACUUUUAGAGUGAAACUGUGA